GGGUGCUGCCGGGAAGCGGUUGGUCUGUAGGCCUUGGUGAUCCGCUUCGUGGUAGUGUGCCCUCAAUUACAAUGUCCGAUUCUGACAGCGAGACUUCGGUCAGCUACAACACGAUGUACACCGAACUAAAAGCGCGACUAGUCGCACUUAAGGAAAAUAAAGCGUCGCGCCGCUGACCCGGGCGUAAUUUUGAACAAGCAGCAGCUGGCUGCCAUGGACCAGCUGAACGCCGUGAAGCUGCAGCUGACAACCAUUAAGAAGCUUAUGGACACGAAGCCUGACGUGCAGGCGGUCGACGGUCCACCGGCGAAGCGGGCCCGUGUCGCCCUUGAGGAUUUCAAAUGUGACUUCGGCGCCAGCGAGGGCAAAGCGAACAAGUCUCUCAGCGGACAGCGCGCGCAUAUCGAGAAAUGCUACAAUGCGGUAAUGGACAUUGAGGACGCGUGGCGCAACGUCCUCGCGGCUCGGCCCGGCGAGGAAUGCUUCAGGAACAUCGAGGCCAUGGAGACUGCCAUCACCGACGGCAAGGCCGUGUUCCGGGGGGUCGCGAAGGAGCUGGUCGUUGCAUACAACCACGGCUGGGAGGACGAGCACUUAAUCAACAUGCAUUGCUUAAAUAUCAGCGUGUGA